UGUUUUUGUUUACCGAAAAUGAUAAAACGGCUGCGGCGCAGUGAAUCGGAGUGAUUCAGCAAUCGAUCGUCGCGAUUUUGUUGAAUAAAAUUUCCAUUUCAAUUUGAUGUUUUUCGACUUCCUCAAGCAUCUGAUAUUCAAACAGCAGAAAAUGACCGACCGAGAAAGCAUAAAGAUAGAGUUCGCCGUGCAGAUCUCCGGACCGAAAUGCGCCGACAAAGUGCGAACCGCCCUCGAUGGAAUCGGUUCGGUGGACAUCGACGUUGCCAAGGGGAGCGUUCUGGUGGAGACGGCACUACCCUGGAUUGAGGUGCAACGACUGAUCGAGGACACGGGCCGGCGUGCGGUGCUGUCCGGGUUCGGAGGUCAGUCUGCGGUGGCGAUGGUGGACCACGGGAACGAAACGAGCAAGGUACGGGGUGUUGUUCGAUUUUGUGCUCUGAGGGCCAAUGAGAAGGGAGCGGUAGUGGAUGGCGUAAUAGAUGGCCUGGAGGAGAGUCGACCUUACAAGCUGAACGUGCACGAGUGUGGCGACAUAUCGGAAGGAUGUGCCUCGGUGGGUGAUGUUUAUGAUUCCAGUGAUAUAGAAUCGGACGAGAAUGGAAGGGCGACAAUCCGGUUGGUCAAUGACCGACUGGCAGUGUGUGAUCUUAUCGGUAGAUCGGUGGUCAUAACCGAAGCAGUGGAAGACGACAGGAGACUGGCCUGUGGAAUCAUUGCGAGGUCGGCUGGGAUUUUCGAGAAUUAUAAGAAGAUAUGCGCUUGCGAUGGAGUUACGAUUUGGGACGAACGGGAGAAGCCUCUGGCCGGAAGCAAACGGCGAGAGAAUGCUCAGCUCUAAAAACAUUUAAAAUAAACAAGGUCAUAUGUGGGUAACUGAAGGACUGUGAAGGUAACAAUUAUACAAAGCUUCUAAAGUGUA